GGCUUCAGCAGCCGCAUUGGAUCCCACGGCCUACUGCGAGAGUCCGGUUUACAAUCCGGAUCUCUGCCCCAACAUGAUCGCGGCCCAGGCCAAGCUGGUGUACCACCUCAACAAGUACUACACCGAGAAGUGCCAGGCCCGCAAGGCGGCCAUCGCCAAGACCAUCCGGGAGGUGUGCAAGGUGGUCUCGGACGUGCUGAAGGAGGUGGAGGUGCAGGAGCCGCGCUUCAUCAGCUCCCUGAACGAGCUGGACAACCGCUACGAGGGGCUGGAGGUGGUGUCGCCCACCGAGUUCGAGGUGGUCCUCUACCUCAACCAGAUGGGGGUCUUCAACUUCGUGGACGACGGCUCGCUGCCGGGCUGCGCCGUGCUGAAGCUGAGCGACGGGCGCAAGCGGAGCAUGUCGCUGUGGGUGGAGUUCAUCACGGCGUCCGGUUACCUCUCGGCGCGCAAAAUCCGGUCCCGGUUCCAGACGCUGGUGGCCCAGGCGGUGGACAAGUGCAGCUACCGGGACGCGGUGAAGAUGGUGGCGGACACCAGCGAGGUGCGGCUGCGGAUCCGGGACCGCUACGUGGUGCAGAUCACGCCGGCCUUCAAGUGCACCGGCAUCUGGCCCCGCAGCGCGGCCCACUGGCCCCUGCCCCACAUCCCCUGGCCCGGCCCCAACCGGGUGGCCGAGGUCAAGGCCGAGGGCUUCAACCUGCUGUCCAAGGAGUGCCACUCGCUGGCCGGCAAGCAGAGCUCGGCCGAGAGCGACGCCUGGGUGCUGCAGUUCGCCGAGGCGGAGAACCGGCUGCAGAUGGGCGGCUGCCGCAAGAAGUGCCUGUCCGUCCUCAAGACGCUGAGGGACCGCCACCUCGACCUGCCCGGCCAGCCCCUCAACAACUACCACAUGAAGACCCUGGUGUCCUACGAGUGCGAGAAGCACCCCCGCGAGGCCGACUGGGACGAGGCCUGCCUGGGCGACCGCCUCAACGGCAUCCUGCUGCAGCUCAUCUCCUGCCUCCAGUGCCGCCGCUGCCCCCACUACUUCCUCCCCAACCUAGACCUGUUCCAGGGCAAGCCGCACUCGGCCCUGGAGAACGCCGCCAAACAGACCUGGCGCCUGGCCAGGGAGAUCCUCACCAACCCCAAGAGUCUGGAGAAACUCUAA